AUGAUUUAGUAGUAAGGUUAACCAGAGGAAGUGCAAAAGCAAGACAAAAAGGAUGACGGAAGAAAUGCUUCUUCUCAUAGGGAGGAAGGCAGAAAAGGAUAAUCAAAGAGACGUGAUUCUUCGAAUGAGUCAUACUCAAAUUAAUCAUCCUCUUUUGAGAAUAAGAUUGGAAAACGCUACUAUCCCCACAGCGAAUUUAAGAUCCACUUCUAUGUACGUCAUGUACACAUGAAUGGGAUGAGUACUAAUGAAUUUUUGAGUUUCAUUAAGAGAAAAGGUAAUGUAUGGUAAUAUUUAGUGAACUUGGCUGGAUCGUGUGAUAUAGUCCAAAUAUUCAAUACUCAGGGUUCCUAUUGCGAUGUUGCAAUUGGAAUGAGCAAUGACGAUAAUGCGAAAAUUAGUAUACAUUGGCAAGAAGCACUUCAAUUUCGGAAGGAAUGGUAUGAUGAAAUCAACUUAUGA